CCAGCAUUGCCUUCGUCUCCAUGGUUUAGUGGUAGCUCUGCAGCAGAUUCUGGAAAGAUUCCUUCCGUCAAAGUUCCGAGUUCUUGAUCUUGACCAAUCUCAUCAAGCUCAUGAAACACUCGGUGAAUCGGCCUCCGACACCGGAAGCAGAUGCGGCCGAUGCUCACGGGAACGACGAGCUGACGCUCCGUGAAAUCAUAAACAUCAAGCUUGUCGAGAGCGGAGAGAAGGAGAAUCUGAUGGAGCUCGUGAGGGAUCGACUGGUGGAGUGUGGUUGGAAGGAUGAAAUGAAUGCUCUUUGCAGGGAGUAUGUAAGGAAGAAAGGCAGAAAUGAUGUUACAGUGGAUGAACUGAUACGAGUGAUUACUCCAAAGGGCAGAGCUUCAGUGCCAGACGGUGUCAAGGCAGAGCUGUUGCAGAAAAUUCGAAGUUUCAUAGUGUCAGCUGCUCGUUGAUGUGUCUUCAAACUUUAUCAAACAAUCACACAUCAUCACCACAUAUAUACACUGCAAAGGUAUUAGAGGAGAUUGUAUUCUCGAGCUCCAUGGAGCCAAGCAUCGUUAGAACAUAUCUUCGUU